CCCGGAUAUUAUUUACAGCCCGAACACAGUUCAGCCAUCAGAGAGGCAGAGGGGUGAUGAUUGGGUGCACCAAUGAACACACGUCGGCGUCACGGUCCUAAAAGCAGCCAGGACGGGGUGUACACUGGGCCCUCUCAGACCCAGUCCCAGCUGGUCCAGCAGCUGGAAACCCCCCUGGCUGUCCCAGCGCCUGUUGCCCCCAUCCCAGACACAUUCAGCAUGUCCUGCAGAGACCGAACCGGCGAGUUUCAGUCUGUGUGCAAGUCCCUGCAGGGAAGACAGAAUGGAGCACAGCCUGUCAGAGCUGUCAACAAUGCAGUCCAAAAGAGGAGUGAUUUCACUCUCUUGGCUAAGCGAAUUGGAAGAGACCUCAGCAACACUUUUGCCAAGCUGGAGAAGCUCACAAUUCUUGCCAAAAGAAAGUCCCUGUUCGAUGACAAAGCCACUGAGAUUGAUGAACUCACUUAUAUCGUGAAACAGGACAUCAACAGUCUGAAUAAGCAGAUCGCUGGCCUGCAGGAGCUGGUUCGGUCUCGAAGUGCACAGAACGGCAGACAUCUUCAGACACAUUCCAACACCAUUGUGGUCUCAUUACAGUCCAAACUAGCAUCGAUGUCCAGUGACUUCAAGUCUGUCCUGGAAGUCAGAACAGAGAACCUGAAGCAGCAGAGAAGCAGACAAGAGCAGUUUUCUCAGACUCCUGCCUCCGCAUCUGCUUUCCACGCUAACAGCUUCAAUAAUUCAGUGCUUAUGCAGGACGACUCGAAGAAGACGGAUAUAUCUAUAGAUAUGGACCUGAACUCCAGUCAGCAGAUGCAAUUAAUCAACGAGCGGGAUUCGUACAUUCAGAACCGUGCAGACACUAUGCAGAAUAUAGAGUCCACCAUUGUGGAGCUCGGAUCCAUAUUUCAGCAGCUGGCUCAUAUGGUUAAAGAACAAGAAGAGACUGUACACCGAAUUGAUGCGAACGUGGAGGACACUCAGCUGAACGUGGACCUGGCGCAUACAGAGAUACUCAAAUAUUUCCAGUCUGUGUCCAACAACCGCUGGCUGCUCAUCAAGAUGUUCCUAGUCCUCGUCGUCUUUUUCAUUGUCUUUGUGCUUUUCAUGACCUGACGUCCAGCUCUAAGAGGUGCUGAUUUUGAGGAGUAUAUGAUUCACAGUAUUUGAAGAGUAAAAGAGGCUGUUCUCUCACUUCUGUCUGCUCUUUAUCUGCUCACCGGCUGCAGUCUUUUACUGAUCCUUGUUUCCAAAAUUGGUGAAAUGAAUUCCAGUACAGACAAAGCAGCUGUCAGUUUUCAUGGAUUUCAAAUAAUUUAACUCUAAUUGUCUUAUAUGUUUCGUUGUCUGUAGAAGAAAUCAACAUUGGUUUUCUGAAACACACACCUUAGCCAACAUCGCCAACUAUUUAAACACAUUCUGGUUCAUUCAGUCAAAGUGCAAACUAUAAUACUGUGGUUCAUACUAAUCAUGUUACACAUCUUUUUCUGACAUCAUGCAUUGCAUUAUUUCUUUCUGGUGUCUAAAUAUUCCUUUUGAGGCCACUUGUUUUGCAGGAGUUUGAGAUCUAAAUCUUUUGUGUAUUCUGACUGCUGCAAGACAUCUCACAUGACGGCAUUACACCUCUACAUGGUGACUGUUUUAAUGUGGAUUCUUCAUAUUUCUCUUUGCAAAACUUAUGGAUACAGCUGGUUCAGCAGGUAAGAGGUCAGUAUUUGGAGCAUCUAGACUUUUACAGGUUUUGGUGAGAACGGAGAACUGCUUUAACAUAAAAGCUAGACAUAAUUCUUAAUUUUGAGAGAAAUAUGAAUAAUAAAAAAAGAUUUAGUUUAUUUUUUAUUUCCGUGGUUCUUUUAAUCAACUUCCACAAGCUGGUUUGUACAGGAAUGGCAAUAUUUCUGUGUGUGGUCACAGGGAGGCUGUUAGAAAACUGCUUUCCAGAUCUCAGUGUAAAGGUGUGUUUGGACAUUGAGAUUGGGGGAAUUCACAUGCCAUUAUUUGUGAAAUACAUACUGUAAAGAAUUGAAAAAUGGAAUCGAAUUUCUUUGUUGUAACGUC